ACCAUGUACCAAUUCGCCGUCUUGGGCAUCCGUGGUGAAGCUUAGGCAACCAAGCCGAGUACAGACGAGGCAGCAACGCAGAUACGGAUCUUACGCAAGGCACACCUGCAUGUCACUUGAAGAUACGGAUUACGAGCGCGAAUAAAGUCAACAUCAUUAAGAUCAAUGAGAAAUCGUCCUACCAAGCAAAGAAUCUUGACUAUUGCCAUGUUUCUUGUCCCGGAUCACUCGGGAUCGUGCCACCCUAUUCAGGCUUUUAAGGGACCUUGUCCAUGGUGUCCGACCUGCUCGGACGGACACUGGAUACCACAAUCAGGAACGCUGACCCACUCCAGCUUGCACGGCCAUGGCCUCUACGCUUUUGCAGUUCUACUCCAUCCCUGGCUAGAUGAUGCCUGGGGGCUUCACGGUAUUGUCUUCUUUUCAUGACAUGGAUACGACCACUUUCACUGAACUGACCCCCAAUGUCU